AACAGUGGACCUGGUAUAGCAGGAUGUGGAGAGGAAAAUGGAAGUGAAUUUGUCAUGAGUUUGUGGUAAAAAGAAGUCAGCUUACUUUAUACUUACACUGAAAAAAUUUGUGGUUGUAUUCAUCCGAGAAUGAAGAAGAGGAAAACUGGGCUAUCUUUUUUUGUUUUGUUUUUCAAGUUUAGUCGUUGUGCUCCGAAAAACAUUGUUAUGAGAAAAACUGGUUUUUAGUUGGAUUCCCAAACCGGCCAGAAUGCUUGACUUCAAGUUACUCUUGGCUUUACAAAGCAGUUCAUCUAAGGCAAAAAGUAUUCGAUCACCAUUCUGUUUCUGAUUCUGUUUUACUAAUCGGUAAUACUUACUGCAUAUUUUUAUUGAACAAACCGACAGUAAGGAAUCUCCUAAUUGGCCCCUACGGCUCAGUCACUUCAAUUGUGCGUUUUUUGGGGAGGGUCCAAGAUAAAACUGUUUUUUUUUUUCGCAGAUUUUCUGGAUUAGUUACGACAACAGAAAGAAAAAAUUCCGAAACAGGAUUCUUCCAAACAAGAAGAGACGUCGAUAACGUAUUGUCCACGCAUGUAUAAUCAAGUAGAGGUGAUUUUGGCACUUGCUUAACAUACAAAACCGUUCUCGCAGUGAGAAAUAUCGUCGAGGGUAACAAGGGAUUUCCUGAUGUCCUUUUUGUUAAUUUACGAUCACAUACUUUAUCUUGCCAUCCAAUAGUUAUAUUUCCUUUCACUGAUUAAACUUUUGCAACAAGAAACUGAAUUUUUGACUGUCCUUGCUUUGCAGCCGAGGGAGGGACGUUGUUGCCAAGAAUACCAUAUGAAGAGGGAUUUCAGCGUUUUGUUGUGCGGAUUGACCGGAUAGGUCUAAAAGAUGCGCAUGUUUACCUAAAUUCUUUCGUCACUGUCUCUGUUAAAGGUACUGAUAAAACGUUUCGCUCUUUAAAUAACUGACAUCUACAAACAUGCGUAGAAAGCGCGAACUUUGCGAUAUUGUGAAGUGUGCGUUAUACUGCGGUUUUCGUUAUCGAACGUGUGAAACGAGCAUGACUUGCUUGCAAGAUUGAACUCAGUUCCUCUACUAGAAAAGGGGCGGGCUUGCAUUCUGUAGAGCGUGAAAUUGUGUCAGCCAGGAAAACGUUUUCUUCUUUGUCACCGGCCAGUAUGAUAUCUUCUGAGCAAGAAUGGCGUGAACCUAAAGCAUUAAUUCCGUUCAACUGUGAAGGGAAAGCGCCCGUGAAGGAAGCAAGCUGAAAUAACCAGAUCAUUUCUUUUCUCCACCGACUAUUUUUUUUCCUUAACUAUCCCGUCCUGAAAAGAGGAGCUUAAUUUGAAAUCUUUCCUUUCACUAGAUUGCGUCAGACAGCGACUGAGACUGCGUGAGCAGUGUUUCCUUUUAGUGGAGGUUCACCGCGAGACACCAGAAACGAGGGCGUCUCGUCUCGUCUCAGAAGUAAGAGAGACUGCCUAACUUGUUACAUGGUUUUUUCAUUCCUGCAGACGCUAACAGUGUUAAUGUGACCCCGCCCCAAGAUACACCCAUGUCAAACAGAAAAGAUGGAAAAUACAUCAACUUUGGUAUUGAUGUGGAGAUUCAAAAACCAAUAGAAAAGCUUCCAAGGGGUAAAAAUGUUAAUAAGCUGCGACGGAACUAUUUAAGGUUAACCUGCGUAGCAGACGCCGGUUUUGUAAGGGCGAACGGAGAAAUUUCGUGGACGCGUGCGCGCACUAAGGAGAACGUAAACCCAAACCACAAUACUUAACCAGCGCCUUCUACGCAGGCUAAUUCCAGGCUAACGAACGUGUCUUUCUUUCGAGACGUUUAAACGGUAAGACUAUCUUUUUCCUCAUAAUUAAAUUUUUUUUGGUUUUAUUCUGUCUUUCGUUCGAAGGUGCAGCGAUAUUUUUCGAAUUCAAGCACUACAAACCCAAAAAAGACAUCGUGAGUACGAGAUGUUUCGCAUUCAUGGAACAAGAUGAGUUCAAGCCGGGUCCCGCCUGCAUAGAACUGUAAGUAGCCAGGCUUUGUUUAUAAACGGCGAAGUUUUUUAUUUUUUUUGUGAGUCUACUGGUUCCGUGUACUACGACUACCCCCUCAUUAGGGCUCACGAAAUACGCGAGCGCGCGUGAGAUUCGCUGCCCGCGAUGACAGGCUACACGCGGUGGAAGGAGAGAAAUGAGAGACCUUCGUUUUCUCUUCUUUCUCUGUCUCGCCAACGAGUGUCUCUCUUUCCUGUUUUUGCUGUGUCUCCUGUGUCUCGCGGCGAUUUUCACCCGCGCUCGCGUACUUUGUGCAUCCUAUUAUCCCUGAGAAAGUCUGUUCCAGAAGUUUAGAUUGUAGACAGUGGCGCGAAAUCCNCGUGAACCUAAAGCAUUAAUUCCGUUCAACUGUGAAGGGAAAGCGCCCGUGAAGGAAGCAAGCUGAAAUAACCAGAUCAUUUCUUUUCUCCACCGACUAUUUUUUUUCCUUAACUAUCCCGUCCUGAAAAGAGGAGCUUAAUUUGAAAUCUUUCCUUUCACUAGAUUGCGUCAGACAGCGACUGAGACUGCGUGAGCAGUGUUUCCUUUUAGUGGAGGUUCACCGCGAGACACCAGAAACGAGGGCGUCUCGUCUCGUCUCAGAAGUAAGAGAGACUGCCUAACUUGUUACAUGGUUUUUUCAUUCCUGCAGACGCUAACAGUGUUAAUGUGACCCCGCCCCAAGAUACACCCAUGUCAAACAGAAAAGAUGGAAAAUACAUCAACUUUGGUAUUGAUGUGGAGAUUCAAAAACCAAUAGAAAAGCUUCCAAGGGGUAAAAAUGUUAAUAAGCUGCGACGGAACUAUUUAAGGUUAACCUGCGUAGCAGACGCCGGUUUUGUAAGGGCGAACGGAGAAAUUUCGUGGACGCGUGCGCGCACUAAGGAGAACGUAAACCCAAACCACAAUACUUAACCAGCGCCUUCUACGCAGGCUAAUUCCAGGCUAACGAACGUGUCUUUCUUUCGAGACGUUUAAACGGUAAGACUAUCUUUUUCCUCAUAAUUAAAUUUUUUUUGGUUUUAUUCUGUCUUUCGUUCGAAGGUGCAGCGAUAUUUUUCGAAUUCAAGCACUACAAACCCAAAAAAGACAUCGUGAGUACGAGAUGUUUCGCAUUCAUGGAACAAGAUGAGUUCAAGCCGGGUCCCGCCUGCAUAGAACUGUAAGUAGCCAGGCUUUGUUUAUAAACGGCGAAGUUUUUUAUUUUUUUUGUGAGUCUACUGGUUCCGUGUACUACGACUACCCCCUCAUUAGGGCUCACGAAAUACGCGAGCGCGCGUGAGAUUCGCUGCCCGCGAUGACAGGCUACACGCGGUGGAAGGAGAGAAAUGAGAGACCUUCGUUUUCUCUUCUUUCUCUGUCUCGCCAACGAGUGUCUCUCUUUCCUGUUUUUGCUGUGUCUCCUGUGUCUCGCGGCGAUUUUCACCCGCGCUCGCGUACUUUGUGCAUCCUAUUAUCCCUGAGAAAGUCUGUUCCAGAAGUUUAGAUUGUAGACAGUGGCGCGAAAUCCCCCUCUCGCCACCACAUCUUUGCUAACUUCUCUUUGUGUACUGCACACUAUCUCAAUCCCUGGAAAAGGCUGUCUCUGAAGAUAGUGAAGGACCGCUCGUAUUUUACUGAAUCUGCUAGCUUUCAAUUAACAAAGCUAACCGGAUUAACCUGUUCUUUUAGGUACCAGAAGCCAACAGACUUUCACCGCAAGAGGUUAAAUCUGUUGACGCAAAAACCGCUUUAUCUUCAUGUCACACUCAACAUUCUUGAUGAUUAG